AUGUUAGACUUUGGAAAAACACUUAAUAUUUAACAGACUGAUAUUUCUUAAAUAAAAGAGAUCUUAAAUUAUUUAGAUACUCCUUAAUUAAAGAUGACUUCUUUGUAAAGUGCUUAAAAUGUUUUGAAUUAUUUUUUGCCUUGUAGUUUUGUAUCUAUAUUAACAGAAAUGAUCAAUAAUUAUCUUUUAAUGGUUUUAUAAGAAGAUCUAAAAUAAUAACAAUAAUAAACUCUAUAAAUGUACCAAAAAAAGAAAUAUAAAGAAACAGAAAUUCAAUUUUAUUUUGGAUUACAAAUAUUGUUUGGAGUAUAUAGAUUUCCAUAAUUGGAUGAUUAUUGGAAUGUAGAAUCCUGGUUGAAAGGAGGAAUAGAAGUAACAAUGCCAAUUGGUCGAUUUAAAUUUGUGGAUCUUCAUAUUUUUUCAUAUAUUGAUGAAUUACAAAGGGCGAAAUUAUAAUUAGAGGUAAGAAAGUUUUCAAAGAAAUUAAAAGCUUUAUAUAAUCCUGAUUAAGAGUUAAUUGUAGUGGAAUAAAGUUAAAAAAUAUAUAAAGCCUAUUAUAUAUUUGAUUAUGAUAGUUCUUAAAUAAUAGAUUUAUUAGUUGUGUGUAACAAUGUGAAAAUUGAAGAUAGAAUUAAUAGAAUAAUAAGAAUGCUUUAUAAAUAUUCAAAUCAAAAUCAUAUUAUUUACAUAAUGUUUGAAAUGAAUUUAGAAAGAAUAAUUUAAUUAGUAGAUUAAUCUAUAUAUCCAGUAAUUAGUUACUAAAACUUAAAUCAUAAUUUGAUUCAAACUUUAUAGGAUGGGGGUUAUGAAUUAGAUUAAUUAUUCUUAAUCAAAUAAGGGACUUAAGUGAAUAUUUUUCCAUAAAGACGUCUGAUCUCUAAUAAACAUUAUAUGACUUAGUAUGAAAAAAUAAAAAAUUAAUUGUAAGAACAUUUUGUAAAUCUUAAGUAAUAUAGAAGUAAUUUUUAUCAAUCUUCAUAACUAAAUAAUAUUGAAAGUUUCAAUUAAUUAAGAGUUGAGUUUGAAGAAUAUUUCGAAAUCAUGAUUCAUAAUACAUUUUUGCUAAUUCAAUAGACAUCUCCAUCUUAAUAUAGACAUGAUUUAGCUAAGGUUCUUUUAAAUGAGAAAGGUUAAUAAAUUGAGAGAGAUCGAAAUGAAGCUAAAAGAAAAUUAAAUGCUACAUAUUAAGAAUCAUCUUCAAAUACAGAUAAUUUAUCUUUUGGAUUACAAAAGUAUUAUGCUGAUCAAUUUCAUACACCAAUACCAUAAAAAUAAGAAGAUACUUUUAAAUAUUGUUUAGUUUGUAUUUAAUUUGAUGGUUUAACUAAACCCUAUUAUAGAUGUUAAGUAUGUGAAAAACUAUUGAAUAUCAAUAAAAUAUUCUUAUGUCCAUUCCCUUGUUUUGAAUUAUUUCAUAGAAAUCCAAGUGAUUUUGUUCAUUGUGAUAUGAAAAUACUUGAAUCACUUGGAGAUGGAAUCUAUUUCAAAAAUGAAUCUACUUUUGAACUUAUUAAUAAUUGUUAAGAAGAAGAUGCAAAUGGAAAAAAAAGAAAAAAUAAUAAACCUCCAUCUAAAACUUAUUGGUCAUUUAACAAAGAAAUCUAUAAACAAGCUUAUAUCAAUAAUGAUUAAGACUUAAAUGACAUUCUAAAUACUUUUAAAAAACCUUAAGCUCCUACUCCUUCUCCUAAUUUAUUAUUAUCUAUUGUUCCUUAACAAUAAUAACAUCAAUCAUAAUCAUUAUCUUUAGGACAUAAAAAAGAUAUGAAAGAUAUUGAUAAUUUAUUAAACCAAGAAAAAGAAUAAAAAGAUAGAUUAAUUAAGGAAAUGUAAGAAAGAGAUAAAUAGCUACAAGAAUAAUACUUUUAAUAGUAAUAUGAAAAAUAAAUUUAAAAGGAAUAAGAAACUAAAAAGAGCAAAAAAGCUUAAAAAGAAAAUGAAAAGAAGAAAUAAUUAGAAGAAAACUUAAUAAUGUUAGUCCUCUUGA